UCGUGACAAAGUUGCCGUGAUACAUGCAGACGUGAUGUUAACUACUCAAACGCUUACACUUAUGGGCUUCUGGAAUUGAGGAGAGAAUAGGGGUGAAAGGGGGAAUGCUCAUCCUGCAUGAUUUUGGUUUGCUUACCGUGUAAAACUACCACAUACCCUUCGAAUUCUCCUGUGGUCAGGGUAAGCUUCUUUCGGGGGGAAUGUGAAUUCCCUGUCAGUCUUACUAUAAACAUUUUGGGUCGCUUUUUACUGGUGAGAUCUGCUGAUAUUCACUCAGCCUCUUGGGAAAAUCGUUUGUUUGAGCAUCAUGCCAUAAUGGAUGGAUGGAGGGUGAUGAGAACGUUUCGACUGGAAUCUUUAAACUUUGCUAUCACGCUUAUUUUGGAUUGUGAUAUAUGACUUGGAUGUGCCAUCGUUUGUUCUCAGACGCGCUGUUAAAAUUGGACACCACGAUUUUACGCGGGAAUUAUGUGCAUGGAUAUGGUAGAAAACUAGAUCGGGAGAAAUGUUCCAUGGUGAAACUACAUGCUUGACACACGGAUACCCCUCUGACUCGCUUAUAUUCCGGGGGCAGCGACGGGCAGGUGCGCGUUGGAAUCGGCGGCUGCGCGAAGCGACUGGGGUCCUGGACUAGAACCGUACCGUCUGAUGAGAGCGCGUGUCAUGCGGACUCAGCUGUCGCGCGCUGUAAGGCUUUAAAACCUGUGGACAGGAGCUGACAGAUAAACUGAUAUGUCCUCUGCCAUGCGGCGCCGCUGGCUUAUGGUGCCUCUGCUCAUGCAGGUGUGGCUGGCAGCAUCUCCGUCCCUCAGCGAGCGUCCAUGCCCCAAGAGCUGUCGCUGCGAUGGGAAAAUUGUCUACUGUGAGUCCAGCGGUUUUCGCGAUGUGCCCAAGAACCUCUCAGGGGGCUGCCAAGGUCUGUCCUUACGCUACAACAGUCUGGUCAGUCUCAGAGCUGGACAGUUUGUGGGCCUCAACCAGCUCAUCUGGCUCUACUUAGACCACAACUACAUUGCCUCUGUAGACGUACUGGCCUUCCAAGGCGUCCGAAGGCUCAAGGAGCUGAUACUGAGCUCAAACAAGAUCACAAUGCUCCACAACACCACUUUCCACCCUGUACCCAACCUCCGCAACCUGGACCUGUCUUACAACAAACUGGCAUCUCUGCAGCCGGGCCAGUUCCAGGGCCUCCGCAAGCUCCUCAGCCUGCACAUGCGCUCCAACUCCUUGAAAAGCAUUCCUGUGCGUCUGUUCCAGGACUGCAGAAACCUGGAGUUCCUGGACCUGGGCUACAACCGCCUGCGCAGCAUCACACGCAACGCCUUCUCAGGCCUGCUGAAGCUGACCGAGCUGCACCUGGAGCACAACCAGUUUUCCAAGAUAAACUUUUCCCACUUCCCACGCCUCUACAACCUGCGGGCGCUGUACCUGCAGUGGAAUCGCAUCCGCUCCAUGAGCCAGGGCCUGACCUGGACCUGGACCUCCCUGCAGAAGCUGGACCUGUCUGGCAAUGAUCUGCAAGAGGUGGAUGCUACAGUCUACCAAUGCUUGCCCAACCUUCAAACACUCAAUCUGGAUUCCAACAAGCUGACCAACGUGUCCCAGGAGACUGUGUCUGCCUGGAUCUCUCUGAUCACCAUCAGCCUGGCGGGGAACGUGUGGGACUGUGGUCCUGUGGUCUGCCCCCUGGUGGUCUGGCUGAGGAACUUCAAGGGGAACAAGGAGAACAACAUGAUAUGCGCUGCCCCCAAGGAAGCGCAGGGAGAGAAGGUCAUGGAUGCUGUUGAGACCCACAGUGUGUGCCGGGAUAACUCAAUCACACCCAUCACGGCCAGCGCCCCACCCACACCAUCUAAUGACCCAGACCAGACAGAGCGCCGCCCAGUCUACCCCACACCACCCACACAAGGUGGGAAGAGGGAGGAGGGAUCCAAAGGAGGCCCUACGUCUCCAGCUGUUACCUCGGUUGUGGCGCCACCACCUGAACAGUUUGAGCCUGUGUCCUUUCACAAGAUAGUGGCGGGGAGCGUUGCCCUGUUCUUGUCUGUGGUGAUGAUCCUGUUGGUGAUCUACGUUUCGUGGAAGCGCUAUCCCAGCAGUGUCAAACAGCUGCAGGAGCACUCGGCCGCAGCUCGUAAGCGUCGGAAAAAAGCCAGAGAGACGGAGCGCACGCUGAGUUCCCCACUGCAGGAGUACUAUGUGGACUACAAGCCCACCAAUUCGGAGGCCAUGGACGUGCUUGUCAAUGGGACUGGCUCCUGCACCUACACCAUCUCAGGCUCCAGGGAAUGCGAGGCCCCGCACCAGAUGGGCGCCCUAACGUACUACCGGUAUGAGCAGCCUAUCGUGGACUACUGCCAAGCCCAUCAGCCCCUGCGGCUCAACAUGGGCUACGAGGGCCCCCCACAGGGCCUGGAGGAGCUGGGGCCACGCGAGAGGGCCACCAUACAGACUGUAGCCCUGCCCACUGUGCCCUCUGCCACCAUGGGGGUGAGGGCCAGGCCCCGCUCACCGCCCUCUAUCCUUAGAGUCCCAUCCGAGGGCACCGGUGGUCCCUUCCCUCCCCCAGAACGCACCACCACGCUCACCUUUGGACGCUAACAGCUGGAGCGAUAGGCUGUCAGUUGAGGCAGGGUGGGGAUGCCACAGAUCCACCAUGACUCUUGAAUAGAGGGCGAUGGAGCGGAGUGGUUCUUUGGGGCCUUUUUUAGCACAUUGGCAUGGGAAGCCACAAGGGGGCCGAGGUGAGGAGAAGAAAACAAAAAAAUAUCAAUUUACAUGGCUAGAUGCCUUUGGCAUCUGGCACCCGGAAUGUGAUCAUUAUGAAGGCUGAUGCAUCCUGGGAGUUCUGCUAUCAUCUCUCUUUAUUUUUCCAAACACUUCAAAGUGGCCCUCCUACUCCCCUCCUCCUGGCUCUUGGGAAACUUGAAACGUGAUGCAACAUGCAUGACACGUUAACAUUAACAUCGCUUUGGUUACAGCUCUGGCCCAUACAGCGACAACAUUGUAGGGUGCCUGCACCAGGGAAUGGAUAAUGACAGUUCUUUCACGCUGUGUUUGGAGUGAAAAAGGAAUGUGCAAUAAACAAGGUUUCUGGAGGAAAAUGAAAUGAGGGAGAUAUAAAGAAAGAGAGACAUCAUGAUACAAAAUCAUGUUUACCAGAGCUCAAAGGCUUGCUGUUAUUCCCAUUCAAAUUGCCAGUCAGCGGCCAUAAUGCUAUCUAAUGGGAAUCAUUAUUUCAUUAAAACGAGCAAAUUUUUCUGAACAGGAGAAUGACGUGGCAAGGGAGAAGAAGUGGAGCAUUGUAUGAUUUCCAUGGAGGUCACAGUCUCGUGCUAAGUUCUAUUCAUGUGCUCAUGUCAUACCAAAGAUGUGUUAUUUUAGAUGUACAUACUAGCAUUUGUUUUCUUUAUACUUUUUGUUUCUGAAAACAUCCAAACUGGUACACAUUAAAUACACGCUUUGGAUGGUUUACUUUUUUAUAAAUGUACAUCUGCCACCUGUAUACAGACGUGUACAACCAAAUCACAUGAUAUGGUCUACGCAGGCUGCCGAGGCCUGUGUCUGUAAAUGGUUGCGGAGCCUACUCCGUUUGCCAAGUUGUCAUUACAAAAAGAUCAUUUGAUGUAGUCCGAUCUAUAGGUAAAAUAUAGCAAGCAUGUGUAAUGGCUUGUCGAGAUUUGGCAGCUGGCUGGAAUUGGCCCACCAUGUAUUAUACUCUCUAUGAUCCGGGGAAUUCGUGGGUUGAUAUCUAUCUCAUUAAAUCCUUUAAAUGGAAUAGCUGGAAGUGAAGUAUUAGGGCAGAAUGAAGCUCUUUAAAAUGCCAAUGCUUUGCGAUGCUCAGUUUGAUCAAAUUGGGCAAAGCAGUUAACAAGGAUGUCUGCAGGUCCUUCGAGGGACGUCAACUGAAGGUUGAAUCUCUUACCACCUGUGAAGGCCUAGCAAGCCAUUUUACAUAUUUGAUUUCUCAAAGCAAUGCUUCAUUUUCUUGUAACUGUUUGUGAGGUGACCGGUAGGUUGGUAUUCUGGUGGGUUGGUGAUGUACUGCUCCUGUGCUGCCCACUACUCCCUCAGAGACAGUGCAGACACAGAGCCCAGUGCCUCGUGGGGGCUUGUUGGACUGGCUGACACGUUGAUGUUCCUUCGACCUCCAGAUGAACUCACUGACUGUGGUGAACUGCCACUGGGGAUGGAUAUUGCCUGUUAACAACACAGACAUUUGCCAGCCAGUGUGCCUGACAGUGUUCGGACUCUAACCAGAUGAAUGUGGACACUCUCUCUGUCACCCAUGGCCACUAUUGGACAUCCUUAACCAUUGAUUGAUGGAGUUGAUGAUGGACUUGAACAUUUGUUGUGGUUGCUUUCAACCGGCAUCCCCCACCCUCCAAUACUCCCCAUGUCCAAAUAACAACAUGCUAUGGUAAUUUUUGUAUCUGUCUGGAUAAUUGUCUGUGGUCAUCACUGGCCUGCCACAGGAGAAGGUAAGGGCCGGGAUAUGGAUUGGAAAGGGGGGUAUGCUUUUGUGAUGUUUCUUGACCUGGGAGCAAAAGUGACACUUUUUGAGAUGAUCAAAGAUGUCAAGAAAUUCUAUAAAAUACUCAAUCAAAAGGACAAAAUCCAUCUGGACUUAUGUGUCUUGUAAAUAUAGAAAAAAGUUACAUAUUUCACUUCUUCUGAAACACAAACUGCUUGUGGCCAGAAGAGGAGCCUUAUCCACAAACCAGUGUGAGGAAGGGAGUCUGUCCUGAAGAUGGCUUUGGGAGGGAGGUGAUGAUUCCCACCAUUUGCUCUGCUCUCCUUGUUUUAAUGAUGAAUAUGUUUCUAAUUGCUCCCACAUCCCUCCAUCACAUCCCUCCAUCCCGUCCCUCCAUCACAUCCCUCCAUCACAUCCCUCCAUACCAUCCCUCCAUCACAUCCCUCCAUCACGUCCCUCCAUCACGUCCCUCCAUCAUGUCCCUCCAUCAUGUCCCUCCAUCACGUCCCUCCAUCAUGUCCCUCCACCACGUCCCUCCAUCAUGUCCCUCCAUCAUGUCCCUCCAUCACGUCCCUCCAUCAUGUCCCUCCAUCACGUCCCUCCAUCAUGUCCCUCCAUCAUGUCCCUCCAUCACGUCCCUCCAUCAUGUCCCUCCAUCACGUCCCUCCAUCACAUCCCUCCAUCACAUCCCCCCAUCACAUCCCUCCAUCAUGUCCCUCCAUCAUGUCCCUCCACCACGUCCCUCCACCAAGUCACCAUUCUUGCAGAGAAUGGUCACACCCCCUACCAGAACCACACAUUACAGAGAUAAUGAAAGCCCUAACAUAAUGAUUUGAAGUGUCAAUAAUUUAAAGUGUCUGGCCUGUAGUAGAGUAUUUUUCAUAGCAAGCUUCAAAUAAGCCGCGGUUGCUAUUAUUAUUACUUCAUUCUCACCCCCAUGUUCUUUGUACAAGUCAUUCUUUCGACACAAGUUAUUUAGAAACAUUUUUUGUUGUGCCAUGAUAACUUUUUUUUUCAUUUAAUAAUUUACCAACCCCUAAGCAAACACAGGAAUAAUGCUCUUAUAAUGAUAUCAUGAUCUAGAGUUUUUUUCAGAUAUGCCCCACAUAUUACAUAAAAACUGUCGGUUUACUCAAAAUGGUUUCUGACUGCAGUACUGGUUUGAGUUUAAAUUGUAAUAAAUGUUGAGCAAAUGUCUCACUCUAAGUUCUAUCAACAUCUUGCCUUACUCUUUAUAACUCCCCUGCCCCCUGCCAUCUCCCUGGCCUGGAUCUCAUAACUCCCCUGCCAUCUCCCUGGCCUGGAUCUCAUAACUCCCCUGCCCCCUACCAUCUCCCUGGCCUGAAUCUGAUACCUCCCCUGCCCCCUGCCAUCUCCCUGGCCUGGAUCUCAUAACUCCCCUGCCAGCUCCCUGGCCUGGAUCUCAUAACUCCCCUGCCAUCUCCCUGGCCUGGAUCUCAUAACUCCCCUGCCAUCUCCCUGGCCUGGAUCUCAUAACUCCCCUGCCAUCUCCCUGGCCUGGAUCUCAUAACUCCCCUGCCCCCUACCAUCUCCCUGGCCUGAAUCUGAAUCUGAUACCUCCCCUGCCCCCUGCCAUCAACCUGGCCUGGAUCUGAUACCUCCCCUGCCCCUGCCAUUUCCCUGGCCUGGAUCUGAUACCUCCCCUGCCAUCUCCCUGGCCUGGAUCUCAUAACUCCCCUGCCAUCUCCCUGGCCUGGAUCUCAUAACUCCCCUGCCAUCUCCCUGGCCUGGAUCUCAUAACUCCCCUGCCCCCUACCAUCUCCCUGGCCUGAAUCUGAUACCUCCCCUGUCCCUGCCAUCUCCCUGGCCUGGAUGUAAUACCUCCCCUGCCCCCUGCCAUCUCCCUGGCCUGGAUCUGCUACCUCCCCUGCCAUCUCCUUGACCUGGAUCUGAUACCUCCCCUGCCCCCUGCCAUC